GAGGACUGUGGACAGUGCGGGGAACAUACAUAAAUUCAUGCAAGUGCAGCAACUGCUCAGUAUACGCUCUGACGUCGUGCAAGAAGGAUCUGGUUCGCUAUAGCAGUACAUUUUAUUCUGUCGGGCGUAUUUAACUCUCCUUAUUUAUUAUUUUGGUUUCUCCUGUUAUUCGCCUGCCCUCCAACAGAGCUCGGCGUCAAGAGACAGACACGAAGCUGAGCAGCAACAGCAGUUACACCAUCUCAAGCAAGGCUCAGGAACCCGUAUUACCUCAUUAGACUGGAAACAAUACAACGCAUUGACUGCCAGGCAAAGCAAAUCCUAAACAUGAACCAAGAGGAGGUCCUUAAUGUGGCUCUUGAUGAAGACAGCUCCAACAGCAACGAUGAUUUCAAUUAUUCGGAAUACCAACCAAAGAACCACCCGAUUAAAAGCCAUUAUGACAUGGAUGUUGAAAAUGUACAUUUUCUUCUUGAGCCAACAAUGUCAAAAAAGAAAUGCGAAACAGAAUAUCUUCCCGGAACCACAUCAUUCGGCAUGUCAGUAUUUAACCUUAGCAAUGCAAUUGUUGGAAGUGGUAUACUUGGCCUUUCAUAUGCAAUGGCCAACACAGGAAUUGCCCUGUUCAUGAUUCUCUUGGUGUUUGUUACAAUAUUUUCUUUAUAUUCCAUUCAUCUACUUCUAAAAACUGCAAAUGAAGGAGGUUCUCUGUUAUAUGAACAACUGGGAUUAAAAGCAUUUGGAAUACCUGGAAAACUUGCUGCUUCUGGCUCUAUUACACUGCAAAAUAUUGGAGCGAUGUCAAGCUAUCUCUAUAUAGUGAAGUAUGAACUGCCACUUGUAAUAAAAGAAUUGCUGGGCCUUACACAGGGCAAUGGUGAAUGGUAUUUAAAUGGAGAUUACCUUGUCAUCAUGGUUUCUCUGUUUAUCAUAUUUCCUUUGUCACUGCUGCGGAACCUAGGGUACUUGGGCUAUACAAGUGGCUUUUCACUUAUGUGCAUGGUCUUUUUUCUCAUUGUUGUUAUUUACAAGAAAUUUGAGAUUCCGUGUCCUUUAGAAUAUGAGGCCAUGAACAUGACUUUAAACGCAACAUUGGAUCAGCUGUCGUCCCAUAAUGUGACAGAUGAUGAGAUGUGCAAACCGAAGUAUUUUGUAUUUAACUCCCAGACUGUGUAUGCUGUACCUAUCUUGACCUUUUCUUUUGUCUGCCACCCGGCUGUUCUUCCUAUUUACCAAGAACUUAAAGGUCGGAGCCGAAAAAGGAUGAUGAAUGUUUCAAAUGUUUCGUUUUUCGCUAUGUUUGUCAUGUACCUUCUAGCUGCACUCUUUGGAUAUUUGACAUUUUACUCUAAUGUCGAAUCAGAAUUGCUUCAUACUUACUCAAAGGUUAUGGGAGCUGGUGUUAUAUUUGUCGUAGUGAGGUUUGCCGUACUCAUGGCUGUGACCUUAACCGUUCCAAUUGUCAUUUUUCCAAUUCGAAGCUCCCUUAAUGAACUGUUUUGUUCAGGGAAGGACUUUACAUGGAUGCGCCAUAUUUUAAUCACUGUUUUAAUUCUGGGAUUGACCAAUGUCCUUGUAAUUUUCGUUCCAACUAUAAGGGAUAUAUUUGGAUUUAUUGGUGCUUCUGCUGCUUCAAUGCUGGUUUUCAUUCUUCCAUCGGCUUUCUACAUCAGACUUGUGAAAAAGGAAUCAAUGAAAUCAGUGCAAAAGAUUGUGGCUCUUCUGUUCCUUGUCGGUGGAAUCGUAGUUAUGAUUGUAAGCAUGACCUUGAUUGUCCUUGACUGGAUCCAUAAUUCUGCAUAAGAUGGAAAUGAAACCAGCUUAAUGUCUAACUGAGCACUUCCUUAAAGUUUGAAGUGGUCAUUCAGAUGAGUUCUACUGUGAACUUGUUUUCACAGUUUCAUUCAGACACUUUUCCUUUGGGAACCAGAUUCUUUUUGAAGUGGACUUUUCAGAAACUCUUGGAAUAUCACAGGGGCAUUGCCAUCUCAAAACCAAAGAGUCUGAAGAAGGAAAUUGUUAUUUUCCAUUCUGGAGAAUGGACAAUAAUGUCAAUAAGCCAAAUGUUUGGCUGCUGUCAUUUACUGUUACUUGUAUGUAAUUAUACUUGAAUGUGCCUACAUAAACCAUUUGGUAUGAUAAAACACUGCAAAAGUGUUACAUGGUAAUGGUGGGGGGCACCCCUAUUUUUGUAGGAAAAAGCAAAAGGUUCAACAAUUUAAGAGCACUACUGAGUUGGGAAUACUGUGCUUUUUAAAGCAACGCUCACCUUGUUUAUUACAGCAUCCCUAUUUCAUCAGUAUUUUGGGAAAUCUUUCUUGUAUAUUAAUAAAAACCACUUUGCACUGGCUGGAAAAGGAGUUCAUGCUCUGGAUAAAAGCUAGUUAGCAGAAAGAACUGUAAAGACUUUGCUUUUUAAAGGUGGAUGACUUACUGGGAUCUGGAAUUUGAUGGCUGCAUAUACAGUUUUGCCUGGAAUCUCCAUGUAGAAUAACUAAAGGUUUUAGACAAAAAAUGUAAAAGGGUAUUUUGUUCAAUCCAAGUGUUAUUGCUUAACUUUUGGUGAUUUCAAAGUCUGGUACAAAAGUGAAAUAUUUAAAUAUUUUAUUUAUUUCGAUGGCAGUUUACAACGUGUACAGUAUUUCUCAAUGUUUAUUUAAAAACGACUGAAUUACUUGAGGAACAUUCUUGGUUUUCAUAGUGUUUACCCACAAGUUAUAGCCACUUGUGUGUGAUCCUUGUGUGUUUAUCUGUUCAUCUGGAAAAAACUGUCUGCUUUACACUGCCAUACUUGUUUACUUUAUUACGUGCAUAGUUGAGAUUGAGGGUAUAUUCAGUAAUGUACCCUGCAUUAAGCAAAACCAGAAUAGAUACUAUUACAACUAAUAUAUCAGACCUGUGGUCCUCUAGCUGUUGUUAAUCUACAGCUCUCUGCAUUGUCAAAUAGCUAUGGUUUGGAGAAGAUGGAAGGAUAUGAAGUUCAACAUCAUCUAAUUGGUACAGGGUUACCAAGCUGUAUGUUUAUUUUGUUACCACAGCCUUUCUCUGCAAAAUAAAGACAACACAAAUGCAGUCCAAAGGGAAUGACACACUUGCAGUAUUGUCAUCUGAACAUGUGGCGAGCUGUGAUCAGAUUCUUGUUUUGCAAAUGAUGUUGCUUUAUGUUACAAAUCUAAAACCAGAUCAAGCCAAACAAUACAGUAGUGACCACACUUUCAUGUGUUAUUGCCAGUCUUCAGGUCAUCUGGGUAUUUGGCUUGGAUACACUGUCCGUAACUUUUCAGAUAUGUGGACAUCCUCAACACAUGAAAGUGUUACCAUGGUCACUUUGACUAUGACUAAAUUGCUUAAAAUGUAUAGUUUUUAAAGGACAAAUUGCAUUUUUUUUCUAGAUGCUUUGUUUUUUUCAGUGUAAAUCAAAGUUAAGUGUCACUGUUACCAUUGAGCACAAACUGUUUUUUUUUUUUUUGUUACAUUUAAAUCUAUUCCCUUUAUGUAUGCUGUCACGGUGAAAUACGCUACAACGCAGCAGUGUGUUACUAGAUAAUGGUCCCGUUACAUUUACGUCAUGCGACAUUUUAAAAGCCAAAAGAUAAAAUUCACAGAAAACACCAUAAUCUUUAUUCAUGAAAUGGGGAUGGCUUAAUUUAGAACUGCAUUUCCACUUAAACCUGUUUACCUUGCGAGCUUGCUGCAGUUCCAGAAUGUGAAUAAAUUUUUGUGGUGCUCCCAAUAUCUAGUGACUUAGUUAUAAUAGGUAACACUCUCCUAUAUAAUAAUGCCAUGUAAAUGUGUGGAGUAAACAGUUAUGCAUGUACUGUAAAUAACUCACAUUGUUGUUUCCAUAUAGUUUUUUUUUUAACAUCUCCAUUCUGGAACUGCAGAAGUGUGGUGCAAGGAUUGUUUUUUUUAUAUACAGAAUCCCAGUUUUAUUUCUAAUUGCGCCUUUAAUGAAGCCAUCUAUUUAUUAAAGUAAUUCCCCUCUGUUUUUGUCAUCUAAUUGUCUUCCAAAGAAAGAUAUUUACGUGCUAUUUAUAUAACACUGAAUUGUUGGAUAUUUUGCAAUAGCAUGAAUAUUUGUAUUUUUUUGUACAUUUCUGUAAAUAUAUAAAUAUGUUGUAUAAAGUUAUGAUUUUCUGUUUCCUCUUGGGGUCUGCUCAUGUCCUGUUUGUGUGUGGCCAACCCUCCAUGUCAUAUUAACUAAUUCAGAGUGGUUAAGGCUAGGAAAUGUCUUUCACUGAACAGUGAACAGUUGUUUCAUAAUGCCCGGACAACAGAGGCUACUAAAUCACUCAAUGUGACUAUAUCUGAUGUUGCUCAAUCCAGUUAAUAGUAAAUAAACAUGGAGCCAUUGCAGGUGUAAUGGGUGAGCCAUUGCUGGCAUCUUGAGAGAGGUGUAAAGUAUUGAUUGAACUGAAAAUUCAGUAGUGCAUCAUUCAUGCAGCCUUCGGUGCAGAACUGGUGUUAACUGGAAAUGCAAAUAGGGAGCUCAGGGUUUCCCCAGUUACUAGUGAAUGUUGCAAGGGGAAAUUCUCCUCUGGUUACACUCUCUCAAUUGGCAGCAGGUUGGUGGUAAUGUCUAGGCCCCCCUCGGCUGUAUUUUCAGCUACUGCUCUGCAACUCUUAGGGCAGAGACACACGUGGAGAUUCAGACUCUAAAUUGCCGGUGGGAUGGCACUCGGAGCACUUCAUUUUCAGAAGUCGCCCGAAGUUUUCUCGUGAGGCGACUUCGGAAAACAAAGUGCCCCCGCCCCGUGCCAUCCCGCCGGCGAUUAGAUCCUAGCCGUUGAGAAGCCAGUUUGGCGAGAUUAAUUGCCCGAAGAAGAGGCGAUUUAUCCCUGAAUCUCCACGUGUGUCUCUGCCCUUACAUGUCACAAGAAAAUAGCCCAGUUGGCCCCAGGCUUAUAAAUCAUUCUGUGUAUUUAAUAGAUUGCUAGAAAUGGACCUGUAUCAUUUAUUACGGACCUAUGCAACAAACUAUGAACAACUAUUUAAAGAUGGAAUCCUUUGUAAAUAUAAUGGAAAUGUAUUGCUAACUCCAUUUAAAUAUAAUUUUGAUUCAGAUAAACUCUUUGCAAUAACAUGUCUGACUGGCAGAGCAUUUAAUUAAUACUAUAGGCAUGUCCAAUCUGUGGCCGUACAGCUUAAAGCCCCAAAAUGCUCUGGAAGUUUUCACCUACCUAUGGAUAAUGAGACAUGCUGGAGGAUCACAAGUUGUGACAUCCUAGGUAAUGGAUCAGUUAGCUUGCAAAGGGUCCCUAUAUAAAAUACUGCUUUCAUUUUACAUAGAUUGUACUUCUAAAUCUAGGAAGUUCUACUUACCAACCAAUAUAUGAUUAAUUUACUAGUCUGCUGUACAGUUUGAAACAGACAUGUUUCUUUUUCCUCAAAUCCUAAGAAGGCUAAUAGCAGGCUCUAUAUUUUAAGAGCUGUCGUUGGCUUGACAGUUGGAAGCUUGACAUCUCUGGCUUGUUUGUUUAUAAAAUCCAUGUGUAUUAAUGUAUAAUACUUUAGUUUGUUAGAGCCAGCAGCCCAAUAAGUGGUGCUGGUGAGGCACAAGUUUUAGUGAGACACUGUUGGUUUUAAUUAAUCUAAAUAAAGAAAACCUGCUACUGCU